AUGGCUGCCCACGAUGUAAUAACCGUGGAUAUUCCCUAUGUCAAGCGAAAUGACGAGGGCAAUAUUCCGAACCAUGCCCAAAUGUUUUCACACGAAGCCGAAUUCCUUGACUCGCAGCCGGCCGCGGUCCGCAACGCCCGAACAACGACGACCAAGUUUUCGAUAUCUACGACAGGAUUUCAAUACGCGCGGCUAGACGAACCUCCGGAGAUCGACUAUCUGGAUGACGAACGAGUGAGACAGAUUUAUUUUCCGCGACUAGAGAAAUUGCUGAAAGAACAACUGGGUGCAUCAGAAGUAAAAGCCUUUCAUCACGUUGUGCGCAACGUGACAUAUGAAGACGGGAUGGCCUAUACACGCAAGCACCGUUGUCCUGCCAGACGACCGCACGUCGACGUCACCAGCAAAUUCGCGCCUAUUUUGAUGAGCUGGGAUUGUCCUGACAUGCAUGCCGAUGUGCACACUAAUGGGAAGCACUGGCAAAUGGUCAACGCGUGGAGGCCGUUGAAGACUGUGCGCAAGAACCCGGUAACCGUGGCCGACACUACGUCAAUGGCCUGGGAAGACUACUUGACUGUUCCCCAACCUGAGGUAGGUCCUGGAGUCGAGGGUUACUGGUUGCAAAAGCCACAGGGUGCUGAAAGACGUCAUGAUUGGUGGUACAUGGCCGACCAGACGCCUGAGGAGGUCUUGCUUUUCCUACAGCAUGACUCUGAGGGAGCACAAGUUGUGGCACACACCUCGUUCUCAUUACCGGGACCCGCUCCAAAAGAGCCCAGGGAGAGUAUAGAGGUCAGGUUGUUUGUUGUUUACUAA